GGGGCGGGAGGGGCGGUCGCAGUGGUGGUGAACAAGUGUUCACGUCUCGAGGAUUUUCUUGGAAGGAAAAUCUAUGACCAUCUCCAUUUCCUGAAAACACCAUCUGUCGGAGCAAAAUGUCUGGAGAAACUGCUGUCAUGGAGGUGGACAAACCGACACAAAUUAGCAAUGGAAGUAAAUCAGAAGAUGUGUCAAACGGCAGCACAUCAUUCGAAGGAUCUGUGAUUGCAUCUCCAUCGAUUGAGAGCUUCUCCACGCUGCCAGAUCAAGAAGAUUUAGAAUUCAGUUUAGAUGCUGAUGCAGGAGAUUUGCAAGUUCGUGUGGACAAUCCUCAAAAGCACUUGGAUACACUUGAAACCUAUGUGACAUUCAGAAUAUGCACGCGUGUAAACAUUGAAUCUCGAGUUGAGUAUAAGGAGAGUGAAUACUCAGUUAGACGCCGUUACAAUGAUUUUGUAUGGUUGCGCCAGAAGUUGGUUGAGUCAUUCCCAACUCAUUUGAUACCUCCUCUUCCAGGCAAACACACACUUUUAGCCCAGCUUGACCGUUACUCUAAAAAUUUUGUAUUGGCUCGUUUGGCAAUGCUUCAUCGCUUCCUCACCAGAGUUGUUGCCCAUCCUGUGUUGAGCUAUAAUAUGAGUUUGUAUGUUUUUCUUACUGCUAAGCCAUCGGAGUUUAAUAUUCACCGCAAGAGUGGGCAAGGUAUUUUGGGCCGUGUGACAGAUUCAUUACAAAACUUGACUACAAAUUAUUUAGUUCGUCAGCGAUCUCCUGAGUUUGAUUCUGUGAGGGAUUAUGCUAAUACAUUGGGCGAAAAACUGACUCAACUAGAGAAAGUUGGUCGAAGACUGCAAAAAGAGCGUCAAGCCUACCAAGGAGAACUUAAUCAAUUUCAGCAGUUGUUUACUGUCUGGGCCACAUCUGAACCUGAACUUCGCCCUCUUCUCCUGGCUUUUGCAUCAGCAAUUGAAAGAAAUACAGCAAGCCAGCAAAAUACCCUUUUGGAUUCAUUCUCUGCAACUUUUGAACAGCCACUGAAGGAGUACCUGCUUUAUGUAGAUGCUGUGAAAGAGGCUCUACAAAGAAGAGAUGCUGUACAAAUUGAGUAUGAACUGGCAGUAGAUGAGCUGAACAAGAAGAGGAAUGAAAAGGAACAGCUUGUAAAUCUUGAGGGGACAUCUGGUGGAGCAAGUAGUGCUUUUAAUCUUUGGAAAAAGCCAGCCGAAGCUCGAGACGAAAAAAUUGAAAAAUUAAGUCAGUUGAUUCCCAAUUUGGUGAGACAAGCUGAGGCAAAUCAAGACAAAAUGCAAUGUGCAAAUGAAAACUUGCGGUCGGAUCUGGAGCGCUGGCAUGUUGAAAAGAAGAAGGAUAUUCGAAAUCUCUUAUUAUGUAUGGCAAACCAACAAAUUCAAUAUUAUGAAGAUGUAUUAUCAUCAUGGGAGCAGGUUAUUCCAGAAGUCAAAUGUGCCAAUCAGACAGCAGGAUCAAGUGCUGCAGAAAACAUUCCUGCUUCCUCCAGUAUGCAAUUUUCAACUUAAAAUCCAGCAGCCUCUGUCAAAUCUCAAUUACUGUAAUUUACACUUUUGGUGUGCUCCCCAUUGUGCCGUACAUACUAUUCCAUGUUUGGAACUUGAGUUUAAGGAAAAUUGGUAUUUGUUUGUACUAGAUACGAGUCUUGUUAAUACUCUGUUCUGUGAUCUUUACAUUCCAUUGGAAUUGGAAGUGUUGUAUGCUUUAGGUGCAGCUUGUUGCCUUUCAUUUUAAGUCUAAUAUGUGUUGACUAAAACUGGUUUGUGUUCCCAUGUUAAUUUUUUAUCACUAAGCAUAAUGAAAUGUAUUUUUUUAAAUGCUAGAGGAAUUUUUUUGUGAAGUGUGUAGCCGUAUUAACUGUAAGGUGCUACUUCAUGUGCAGAUAUUUUCAUAAUGCCCAUCUUUCUCACUCUACAUUGGCAUAACACCUAAUGUUUGACUGCAAAAUUUUCAUGCCUUUCAUUCUGUAAGCUAAUUGCGACCAAUGUCAGAGCACACGAAAUAUGAAGACUUUGUCGUUUAACAAUCGAGAUAUAAGGUAGCUGAUUUGUCAGAUUUUGCUUGUGUGAACCACUAAGGAAAUCAGAUAAAGGGUUGUAAAACAACUGAUGUUUGAAUUUGGGCAUUACUUGUUUGUCCCAACCUGUAUAUUUUUAUCAUAAAGUGCAAUAUUUUUCAUAUGGUUAUUUUCAGCAUAUUGUGUUGUUUUUAUUGUUAAUCCUGUGUUCAAGUGUAUUUGUGAUAUUUAUAGUCUUUGCAUCACGUUUGAACCAAUGCUGAUGUCAGUAAUAGUUACAAAUUGUUGCCCUGUUGAGCCACUUUAGAUUUCAUUCCUGAAUGUGUUAAAAAUUUAAGCUGCUAAGUAUUACUAGUCAUAAAACAGUCAUAAGUGAAUUUAUUUCUGCCCUCUCCCUUAUUUCUUUGAUAUGUACAAUCAUUGUUGGUAAGAAAUCUCAUAUUCAAGCUUAAGAAAUCUCAUACUGGAACUGUAGCACAUUGUACAUGUAUGGCAUCAGAUUUGUUUAUAUCAUACUUGUUACGAUAGUUGUUGAACUCCACUAUUGUGCAAGUUUUUGUUGAUGUGAUAAAAUAUAUUAAGUUACAAAUCA